AUGGGAUUUGUGGAAAUGGUGAGAAACUAUUUAAAAUCAACUCAAAAACAGUCAAAAACUUACUCAGAAAGUGAACUUAAAAGAGCUAUCAAACUUGUUAAUGGUGGAGAACCUUAUAAACGUGUGACAAAGCUGCUAAACAUACGACAGAGAACUUUAAGGUGUUGUAUUAAUGGUUUACGCAAAAGUAGUGUGGUUGGUCGAAAGAGUUCUUUGCUACCAGACGAGGAGAUGUCAACUGCACAAUACAUUGCAACUUUUAGUGAUUUUGGUUUUCUUAACAAAUCUGGACGAGACUGUCCGUAUUUCAAAGAAAAUAUGCCUGGUGAUGAUUGGGUAAGAUCAUUUUUAGAGCGGCAUAAAAGUCUUUUAUUUUAUCGAGCAUGUCAAAAUAUUUGUAGAAAGCGUGCUGCAAUUUCAUGUGACUCUGUAAAUAGAUUUUUUAACAACCUAGAAGAUACAAUAAAAAAUUUUCUACCUCAAAACAUAAUAAACUAUGAUGAAACUAAUCUUUCUGAUGACCCAAAAUCAAAACAAAUUAUAUUCCAGAAAGUGUAUAAAGCUGAGCGGCUGAUGGACACUUGGAUACUUGGAGGUCCAAUUGGUGCCCGCUAUGACCGCACAAAAUCUGGUUGGUUUGAUGGCUAUUGUUUUAUAGAUUGGCUGCAAACAAUAGUAAUACCUUACUUCAGACAUGUUGAUAACAACACUCCAAAACUUCUUGUAGGUGAUAAUUUAGCAUGCCAUUUAUCUAUUAAUCUUAUCGAAAUUUGUGUAGCUAACAACAUUAGGAUGGUCUUCUUACCUCCUAAUAGUACACAUAUACUACAGCCUCUUGACCUUGCAGUUUAUGGACCCAUGAAAUCAACAUGGAUAAAAAACUUAGUAUCCUCAUUAGUUCUUGAACAUCUUGCAGAGCUUCGAAAAGCUUCUGCUAAAAAGCCUGGGGCAAUAAUGCGUCGGAAAAAAGUUAAAGUUUCACCAGGAAAAAAAGUGUUUCGAUGGAAGAUGUUGUAA